UAUUUUAUACUUGCUUCUGAUAAACAGUUGCAAUUGUAUUUUGAAGAAGUCAGAGGUCUAAGUGAACUUCCAAUGGAUAAAUUAAUUAAAAUAAAAACAAAUUUAGCCAGUGAAAAUGAAUUAAAUGAUAUAAAUUUUGAGGAUGAAAUUGAAGAUAGAACAGCUGAUGAUUAUCCAAUGGCAAUGCCAUUGAAAAAAAUUGAUCGAGGAAUGAUUGUUAUGAGUGAACAUUGGAGUGACAAAGGAAAAGAUACAAAAAUAUCAAAAAUAUUUCAACUUGCAAUAACAACACUUGCAUUUUUAGCAUUUGGUGGAUAUUUAUUGGCUUUAAUUUGUUCAGUUAUUAGAAGAAAUACAACUCCUGUAACCAAUCCAGGAAAUGUAUUUGUAUUUUCAAAUCUUGAAUCUUUGAAUAAAAUUAAACGACCAAAACGUCAAGCUCUAUUUAUGGAUCCAAUGGAAAAUGAAUUCACAACUGAUCGACUUUAUCGAGGAAUGAUUAUGUUGUCAGAAGGCUACACAUCAUAUACCCAAUGAAAAUAAAUUUUAAACUAAUUUUAAUAUCAAAAAAAAUAUUUAAAUUUCAUAUUGAUUUA